AUGGCCGGGUGGAAGGGCCAGAGGAAGAAGGCCGUGACGCGAUCCGUCAAGGCCGGGCUCCAGUUCCCGGUCGGCCGCAUCGGGCGCUACCUCAAGCAGGGCCGCUAUGCGCAGCGCAUCGGGAAGGGCGCCCCCGUCUAUCUCGCCGCCGUCCUCGAGUACCUCGCCGCCGAGGUCCUGGAGCUGGCCGGCAACGCGGCCGUGGAUAACAAGAAGACGCGCAUCACCCCUCGCCACCUGCUGCUCGCGAUCCGCAACGACGAGGAGAUCGGCAAGCUGCUCGCCGGCGUCACCAUCGCCCACGGCGGCGUGCUGCCCAACAUCAACCCCGUGCUGCUCCCGAAGAAGACCGCCGAGAAGGCUGACAAGGAUUCCAAGCCGACCAAGAAGUGGAAGGACGCCCCCAAGUCCACAAAGAAGUCUGCCGAGGAGACCACCGCCGCCGAGGAGACCGCCGCUGCCGAUGAGGAGUAG